CAUUCUGCUAAGGUGGCGAUAUCUGCUAUCGUGGCACUGCAAGAUUCAGUAUUAGAAAAUCCUAGCAUCGAAACCCAUGACUCUUCAGCCCAACAAUCCGAAUGCCUGCAGCGCAUCUGUAUUCAUGUACGCUCACUGUCUCAUUGGGCACCUGCCAGUAUCGGCCCAUAUAGUCAAGCUUCUGGCAUCAGGCGCUUACCAGCCCCCUACAUUAACGUAAGCGGUAGCGGUGACGGAGAUACGCUCGUAUUCUACGCCGGCCAGAUUGGAUUGCUGCCGGAGACGCUCGAGUUACCGGCUCUAGAUCCACUGAAGAGCGUACCUGAGGAGUUACAGGUUCAUUCUAUGCCUUGUCACUUCCGGAGGCACUUCCAUUCCGACGAUCAAGUAUGCCCAAUCGAAUUAUUCCCAAAAUCAAGGGAGGCUUGGCUUGCCUUGCGCAAUUGCCAUCGCGUGGUUCAGGUGAGCUUCGAUAAUUUCCUUUUUCUUAUUUGA